AUGGGACACAAAAUUAAUAUAAAAAUAUUUAUUAAAAUUGCUAAGUUUAUCAUUCUAUCAUGGAUAAGCAAUUUUAGUAAUUAUGUGGACGGAAACUGUAAGUAUGAUAGGAAAAUAGAUAUAAAACGUUAUAGAUUAUUAGAAAAAUAUAAACAUGACAAAGAUUCAAAUAAUAUACUUUUAAAAAAAAGAUUCCCAAAUGCUGAAAUUGAUAAACAGAAAGACAUAUCUCAUAAUGAAAAAGUAACGAAAAGAAAAAAUAAAAAAUCAAAUAAAAGUUUAUUAAAUAAGUCGCAGUACUAUACAGAAAAUGUAGAUUAUAAUAAUGAAAUUUUUGAUGGAAAACACUUUCAUUUUGAAAAAAAAUGGAUUAAAAAAAGAAAUUAUGAUGAUUUGAUUGAAAAAAAGAGGAGAUUUCGUGGUAUAUCAUUAAAAAAUAAAAUGUAG